UAUUGAAUUUGUAUAAAGGAAUAAUUUACCCUUUUACAAAACUCAAAAAGGUUACCUUAGCAAAAAUAAAAAUUCAUUUAUUGAUUCAUACACGCUGAAACAGUCGUGCCUAUAUAAUUGUAUAAACCAGAACACCUCUUCUUAAGAAAAUCACAUACAUACCUCUCAACUCUGAAAAACCUGAAAUCACUUAUGGAGCAAAAUAAAGAGAAAAUCGCCCCUUGGCUAUCGGUGCCACAGUUUGGCGAAUGGGAUCAGAAGGGCCCAUUGCCGGACUAUUCCAUGGAUUUUUCGAAAAUUAGGGAAAUGCGAAAACAGAACAAGACCAAUGCUUCAAGAGCAAGUCUUGGCAAUGAGGAGGAGUUUGCGGCUCCUACUCAGAAGAACGUAAAGGCCGAUCACAGCGAGCCCCAGCAUCCUCACUACCACAAAACCAAUUCUGCAGUGAGAAGGAGGAGCUUCAUGAGCUACUUCAACUGUUGCAUUAAAGCCUGAUGUUCAAGGAAUACAACAUUUUUUUUGGAUUGCUGAUUAGUAGAAUUAUGCUUUUGCCUUGGAUAUAUUAAUUUCCCCUAGUUAUUGUUUUAGAAAAAUUAUGUACAAUCUUUCUUUUGUCUUCUAAAGAUAUUUAGUUGAUUAGUAUAAUUAUGCUUUUGUGCCCGAUUAUAUUAAUUUCUGUUGUUUUUUCAGAAAAUAAUGUUCCUUGAAACCCAAUUCUUCAGUUAUAAAUUAGGAUUACCUGUUUUCUUAUUGA